AUGGAGAAUUUUGACAUGAACAAAGACGUUAAGAUUCCAGAAGCCAUGUCCCCCAAUGAGAGGACUCUGACCAACGAGUCUCGUGCUAUUGGCAAGAUCGACGUCGCUGAAGACCGAGACUAUCAUGGUAUCGACACUCAUGCUAUUCCGUCCGGAGCGGAUGCGGUAUACGAGAGGAAAGUUGCCGUUAUGAAUCAGGCUCUCAUCGAUAUGGGAAUGGGAUCUUUCCAAUGGAAGGUCUUUGCAAUGACGGGCUUUGGCUGGUUUGUGGAUAAUUUCUGGAUGCAAGCCAUCACCAUCAUCAGUGCCCCAGUCCGGAACGAGUUCGCAGUCAAGAGAAUCGCCUUUCUCACGGUGGCGAAAUACGCCGGCCUUGUCGUCGGCUCUUCGAUGUGGCCAAUGACGGCCGACUUCAUCGGCCGCCGUCUCGCCUUCAACAUCACCCUGCUCCUGUCUUCCGUCGCCGGACUGGUCGGCGCUGGGAGCCCCAACUUUGUCGCCAUCGCCACAUUCUGCGCCAUCAUCGGUGUCGGCACGGGAGGCAACCAGCCCGUCGAUAGUGCCAUCUUCCUCGAGUUCAUCCCGGCCACGCAUCAGUACCUCCUCACCAUGCAGUCCGCCUUUUGGUCCGUUGGCCAAGCUGUUGCGGCAUUGAUCGCGUGGCCUCUGAUUGCGAACUACUCGUGCCCAUCUGGUCUUCCUACUGGAGAGUGUCGGUUCGAGGAUAACCUUGGCUGGAGAUACACGUAUUGGACAUUCGGUGGUCUUACACUGGUCUUCUUCUUGAUGCGUCUUCUCUUCCGCGUUUACGAAACGCCCAAGUAUCUCUUAGGCAAGGGCCUGGAUCAGCAGGCUGUGGAUGUCGUUCAGAAGGUUGCUGCCAGGAACAAGACCACAACCUGGCUUACUAUCUCGCACUUUGAAGCCAUCGACGCCGAGUUGAACAACCACAACAACAACAGCACGGCAGCUGAAGACCAAGCACCCAACGUCGGCCAUCGGAACAUAAUCAAGCGAAACAUGGAAAAAUUUAGACCCGACAAGAUCCGCUCCCUCUUUGCCAGCCCUCAAAUUGCCAUAUCUACUUCCCUUAUGCUUUUCUUGUGGUGUUCUAUUGGCAUGGCCUAUCCUCUCUAUAACUCCUUCAUUCCUAUCUACCUCGAGAACAAGGGCGUCAACCAAGGCAGCUCCUCUCUGGAGAAGACAUAUCGCAACUACGCCAUCCAGGCUGUGUGCGGCAUACCAGCCUCCCUCCUCGGUGGGUUCACCGUCGAUCUGAAGAAGAUCGGGCGCAAAGGCACAGGAACCUUUGCCUGCAUCGGAACUGGUGUCUUCCUUUUUCUUUUCACCAGAGCAAAUUCAGAAGCUGGUAUCAUUGGAUUCACUUGCGCGAUUGCAUUCUUUCAGAAUCUCGUUUAUGGUCUCCUAUAUUCGUACACCCCUGAGCUGUUCCCUGCGCCCAUCCGAGGCACGGCGAAUGGACUUGUUGCUAUGUUUAAUCGGCUUAGUGGGCUUAUGGCACCUAUUAUUGCUGCCUACGUGGGAAUCGAGACGGACUUGCCGGUGUGGAUAUCGGCUGCUUUGUUUGUUAUUGCUGGUGUGGUCUUUCUUAUCUUGCCGUUUGAGACCAGGGGAAGGGCGGCUGCUUAG